AUGGCUGCCGAACACCUCCGAAGCGGCCGCUUACUGGCACUUAAGGAGGCCAAGUGCUCCAAUCAAAUAGCAACUCACAACCUACCAUUAGAAUAUAUAAAGGCCGGGCACCUGACCCAACGGAAAUUUUCUCCGUUAUUACACAUAUGUUCCCGAGCUAUCUCAGAACGCGGCAAGCAAGGCGGCGAGGCUCGCGCCAACGCCAAGACGCGCUCGUCGCGCGCCGGCCUGCAGUUCCCGGUGGGCCGCGUCCACCGCCUGCUCCGCAAGGGCAACUACGCCGAGCGGGUCGGGGCCGGCGCGCCCGUGUACCUGGCGGCCGUGCUCGAGUACCUGACGGCCGAGAUCCUGGAGCUGGCGGGCAACGCGGCGCGCGACAACAAGAAGACGCGCAUCAUCCCGCGCCACCUGCAGCUGGCCAUCCGCAACGACGAGGAGCUCAACAAGCUGCUGGGCCGCGUGACCAUCGCGCAGGGCGGCGUCCUGCCCAACAUCCAGGCCGUGCUGCUGCCCAAGAAGACCGAGAGCCACCGUCAUAAAGUCCAGUGCAAAUAACACCUCACAAGCGGUAAAGCUUAGCGAGUGAAAACAAACCCAAAAUGAACCCAAGGCUCUUUUCAGAGCCACUCAUAUUUUCUGAGAAAGAGCUUAGAUUUACAAAAAAGUUAUAAAGAACAGUAAUGGAUUCACCUG